UAAAAAUGAAUUAAAACUGUUAACAUAAUUUUGACCAUAUUUCUGGGUUUCGAGAAAAAAUAUAUUGAAUGCACACUGCUUUUGAUUGUAUUCCAAUACUCGAUAAACUAGCAUCUCAAAUCGAAGUUCUAGUAGGAUAUGAUAAUGUAAUUUUAUUUGGAACAAAGCAAGGGCAUCUCUGGAAAUAUCAUAUUGAUUAUAAUAAUGAUUUAAAAUUAACAGAUACUUACAACAAUUUCACUAAAAAAACUUUAUCACAACUUCAUGUUGAUACUCAUCAUAAAAUACUCAUAUAUUUAUCUGACAAUAUGAUUAAUAUAUGUGACUUGGAAACAUUUGAAAAUAUAUCAACUUUAAGUAAAACCAAAGGUGCUUCACAAUUUUCUAUUGAUUAUUGGUUAUUAUUGAACACAGGUACUAAUGUGACUGCACAGUUAUCAUUUUGUGUUUUAAUAAAAAAAAGACUCAUAUUUUAUCAAUGGAAAAAUAAAUAUCCAGUAGAAUAUUCUCAAGAAGCUACUUUACCUGAAAUACCAAAGACUUUUAUUUGGUUUAAAGACUCAAUUAUUUUUGCAACCAAAUCAGAAUAUUUUACUUUUGCAAUAAAUACAGGAUUAGUUAAAGAACUUUUUCCUGCUGGUAAAAAUGGAGAUCCUAAGAUAUGUGCAAUGUUUUUACCAUCCUCUAAAAUAUUACUAAAUUCCUAUAAUAAAAUAUAUGAUCACAACGUCAAAACGGAGAAAACAAAACAGUUGCCUUCCACUUCCACAAAUUCAUAUAAUAAUAACUUGCUUAUUUCCAAAGAAAUUGACACCUUAAAGGAUAAUGUUAAAAUUAAUACCGAUGCCAAUUUUGUGCACUCAGAAAUGGUUUACUUUAACGAUCCAAAAAAAAAUAUUAUAGCAGGAUUAUGCAAAGAUGAAAUUACAGUUUUGUACGAUAUAUCGAAUCAACAGAUUAUACACAAAAAUGUUGUAACUUGGACAGAAGCUCCGAUUUAUUUGAAAUUUCUAAACCCUUAUAUGAUAGCCUUAUUACCGCAAAAUAUUGAAAUUCGUACUAUACAACCAAAGUUAUUGAUUCAAACUAUUCCAAUAAAUAAGGCUAAAGGAGUCGAGAUAUCAUCAAAAGGCAUAUAUGUUUGGUCCGCUACAACUUUACAUUUAUUGAAACCGAGGAAUUUUAACAACCAAAUGAACGAGUUGAUUCAGAUCAAACAAUUUGAGUUGGCGUUACGAUUAACUGAUAUCUCAUGUUUAGACGACUUGGAAAGGGAAAGGGCUAUUAAGAAUAUACAAUACAUGCACGCUAAAACCCUUUUUAACCAAAAAAGAUAUAAAGAUUCAAUGUAUCUAUUCGGCCGUCUUAAAAUAGAUCCAACUAAAGUCUUGAAUCUAUAUCCCAACAUGUUGCCUUCCGAUUUUGACGAUAUAAUUAGUAAACUUGACAAAACGAGUUCCGAUAAUUUCCAAGAAACAGAAUGCGACUCCCCGACUUCCCCUUAUGAUAAUAAUCAAGAAAAUAAUAAUUUCACGAUGAAGACUCAAGAAAUAGAUUGGAACAACGCUCUCUUGGCUUUGAUCGAGUACUUAACCGAGAUGAGAGUUUAUUUUUUUGCCUUGCUAAAUGAAAAUAAUGGAACAUUUAUCGAUAAAGCGUCGAAUUCUGAAUAUCUCAAAAUCAUAGACACAUGCUUGCUAAAAUGUUAUUCAAAAACGAACGACGCGCUUAUAGGACCCUUGUUACGUUUGCCCAAAAAUUUCUGUGAUACUAAAGUUUGCGAAAGAAUCCUUAAAAAACGCGGCAAAAAUGAAGAACUAGUUAUACUUUAUCAAAGAACAGGCUUGCACAGAAAAGCCCUCAACACAUUGGUAUCGGUCAUCGACCACAAUUUGGUUAUUGAUAGGGAAAAUGAUAAGGAUGAAGAUACUGCUAGGGCCCAUAACAUAGAAAGACUAGUGACAUAUUUACAGCGUUUAGGUCCUAAUCAUAUCGAUAUGAUAUUGGAAUACUCAAUUAAUAUCAUUAAAGAAAGACCAGAGGAUGCUUUAAAGAUUUUUACAGAAGACAUUCCUGAAGUUGAAAGUUUGGAUCGUGAAAAGAUACUAUAUUUUCUUAUCAAACACUCUCCGGACCUUAUAAUACCAUAUUUAGAAUACAUAAUUGAUGAAUGGGAAGAUCAAAAUACCUUGUUUCACAACGCGCUCAUUAAUCAAUAUAGAGAAAAGGUGCAAUAUGAAAUAGAAUACUUUCGAACAGAAUACUUGGCUAAUGAAAAUGCUUUAUACAAUAUAUCUCAAUGGAAUAUCUUAUUAAAUGGAUAUAGCACGAAUUACGAUAACAAGAUUAAAAAUACGCUAAAUCAAGAUAAUAAUUUAAAGCAAAAUGGCGAAAAUAUAAUAGCUCAAGAUGCCCAACAAGUUUUGAUACCGGUGAAAGAUAUGCAUGAUACAGAUAUUGAAAGCAUUAAAAUAAUGCUCGAUGAUGAUGAAUCUACCAACUCUUUGGAAUUCUACGAAAAACAAGUUAGAAUGGGGAAAAGUUUGGGCAAGAUCAAACAUUUUAGACGCAAACUAAGGUUUAUAUUAGAGGAGUCUGAAUACUAUAUGCCCGAUACACUUAUCAUCAAUUUUCCAAUUCGAGACUUUAAUUUGGAACGAGCUAUUUUAUUUGGUAAAAUGUCAAAACACGAGUCAGCGCUUGCGAUAUAUUGUCACGUAUUAAAUGAUAUUCCUUUGGCCUUAAAACAUUGUCACAAAUAUUAUUACAGGAAUAAUGCUUCAAAUAUAUAUUUUCAGCUGUUCAGCACCCUUAUAGACCCUCCGGAUCUGAUAGAAUUAAAAAAUUUGCCCAAUGACACACCAGAUUUCAAUUAUUCUCAUAACAAUUUGGACGAAGAAACGUUGGAAAAGUUUAACGAGAAUGUGCGAUUAAAACCAGAAUCAGAUUUUACAUCAGCUCUUAAAAUUUUGCUAGAGCAUUACGACAAAAUACCAAUAUUGAAAGUACUGGAAAAAUUUCCAUCUAACAUUGAAAUAGGCCAAUUAUAUGAUUAUAUUAUCGAAUCACUCACCGCAUCUUAUCAAAAAAUAAAUCACGACCAGAUACUGAAAGGGCUAUUAUAUUCUCAGGAUAUUAAAGUUCAAGAAGAAAAAUUUACUCUGCUUUCACAAAAAAUCACGCUUUCAGACCAAAAUACAUGUAAAAUUUGCAAAAAAAGGAUUAGUAGUGCAUAUGUUCGCUAUCCUGAUACAACCUUCGCUCAUUAUUAUUGCUUCAAGGAAUGAUGAUUCUUACAACUAAUUUUGAUCAAAGCAAUGUUUAUUUUAAAAAAAAUUGUUACUAAUAUUGUUAAGAAAGAUUUAUGCUAUUAUUUAUAUAU